GCUGGCAUCACUAAGUCCAUGGAUUUCGACCACGCUAUUGGGUACCAGUGCGAGACGAGGAAACUGCGACUUCUGGUCAAGUUUUUCUCUCCAGAUUUGUUGCAGCAGGAUUUUGGCGAGGCAGAUAAGACCAAGAGAGUAAUUGCAGACAGGACCAAGCGCUUGCUGGAUUUUAGAACUGCUUUUAAGGGCGAUGUGGAGAAUAACAGAAUAUCCGAGAUUGAAUCCCAGGCGAUACCCAAAGUUUUGGUAAUGUCGCUGCCAUCAUCAAAUUUGAGAAAGGAAUCCUUUUCUGAAUCGGAAUCUGCUUCAAAGUAUCAGGAUCAUUUUAGCACAAUUUUCUUAAUUUAAAAUUACCUUUAUCCAGUAAUCCUAUGGUCUGUCGCAUCUCCAAGACUUCUUCGGUUGAGUUACCU